AUGGAUAACUUUAAGACUCCAUUCAAGGGAGUUAAGGAGGAUUUCAAAGGAAGGCUGGCAUGCUACAAGAAAGACUGGCUCAAUACGUGUGGCUCGGGCGCAAGGAUUUUGGCCCCAACAGCAUAUAUUUUCUUUGCUUCUGCUCUCCCGGUAAUUGCAUUUGGAGAGCAGUUGAGUCGGGACACAGAUGGAAGCUUGAGCACAACCGAGACUCUUGCUUCAACGGCUAUCUGCGGGGUCAUCCAUGCAAUAUUCGGCGGACAGCCAUUGUUGAUCCUAGGAGUUGCAGAGCCUACCAUUAUAAUGUACACCUACUUGUACAACUUUGCCAAAAACAGCAUAGGCAAAGAACUGUAUCUAGCCUGGGCUGGGUGGGUGUGUGUCUGGACUUCCUUGCUCUUGAUACUUCUGGCUAUAUUCAAUGCUUGUACAAUCAUCACUCGAUUUACGAGGGUGGCUGGUGAACUUUUUGGCAUGCUAAUCUCUGUACUUUUUAUUCAGGAGGCCAUUAAGGGUGUGGUGAGUGAAUUCAGCAUUCCAAAAGGUGAAAAUGCUUCAGAGGAGAAAUACCAGUUCGAAUGGCUUUACACUAAUGGGUUGCUCGCCGUAAUAUUCUCAUUCGGACUGCUUAUAACUGCCCUAAAAAGCAGAAAAGCUAGAUCCUGGCGUUAUGGCUCGGGCAUGUUCCGAAGCCUAAUUGCAGAUUAUGGGGUCCCACUUAUGGUUGUGGUUUGGACAUCUUUAUCCUAUGUUGUACCCCGUGAUGUCCCUGCUGGGGUUCCUAGGAGGCUGUUCUGUCCGCUUCCUUGGGAUCCUAAAUCAUUGUACCAUUGGGGCGUGAUUAAGGACAUGGGAAAAAUACCGGUGGAGUACAUUUUUGCUGCCUUCAUACCGGCAUUGAUGAUUGCGGGCCUAUACUUUUUCGACCACAGUGUGGCUUCACAGCUGGCGCAACAGAAAGAGUUCAAUCUGAAAAACCCGUCAGCUUACCAUUAUGAUAUCCUCUUGCUUGGAGUCAUGACUUUGAUUUGCGGGUUACUCGGACUUCCUCCUUCUAACGGUGUACUCCCGCAGUCUCCUAUGCAUACUCGGAGUCUUGCAGUUCUUAAGAGGCAGCUUAUACGUAAAAAAAUGGUGAAGAGCGCAAAGGAGGGCAUGAAACAGCAUGCAAGCCACUCAGAAAUCUACGGGCGUAUGCACGAGGUUUUCAUUGAGAUGGAAGGCGCCCCAGCACACGAGGCAGAGCAAGAGCUCGCGAACCUGAAGCAGGCUGUCCUGAAGCACGAGGAUGGGGACACAGACGAAAGCUUUGACCCCGAAAUGUGCAUUGACCUUCACUUGCCUGUACGGGUGAACGAGCAGAGGGUGAGCAACUUGCUACAAUCUGUGUUGGUGGGGCUGGCCGUUUGUGCCAUGCCUGUACUAAAGAUGAUACCAACCUCGGUUUUGUGGGGUUACUUUGCCUACAUGGCCAUAGACAGCCUCCCGGGCAAUCAGUUCUGGGAGAGGAUCCUGCUGCUAUUUGUUCCCCCGGGCCGUCGUUUCAAAAUUAUCGAGGAUUUCCAUGCUUCGUUUGUCGAGUCGGUGCCGUUCAAGUACAUCAUGAUGUUCACGCUGUUUCAGAUUGUGUAUUUUCUGUUGUGCUUUGGGAUCACGUGGAUACCUAUUGCUGGAAUAUUGUUCCCCUUACCUUUCUUCCUUCUGAUAAGCAUAAGAGAAUAUCUCCUUCCCAAGAUAUUCCCACCUCACCACCUUCAGGAGCUCGAUGCAGCCGAGUACGAAGAAAUUAUCGGGUGCUCGGUUAGGACUAAGAGUUUAUCCUUCAAGCAUAGAGAAUUAGCUGAUACGGAUGAUACUGAGAGUGCUCCGGAUGUAUCCUCUGCGGAGAUAUUAGACGAGAUAGUUACCCGAAGGGGCGAACUGAAGCAUCGGUCAGUGAGCUUUAACGACAGGCAGCUUCAGUCUCAGGCCGGUAUCUAA